AAUAAACGAGAACGAAAUCCACUCGUUUUACGGAUCAGAAAUCAGAAAUAGAUCAGGAAAAUAAAGUGCUUCUUGUUGUUCUGUUUCAGUCAGUCGUUCGAAGGAGACAAUCUAACUUUCACCAUCACAUCACAGUAGCGAAAGAAAGAUCAUCGAAAAUAGACAAUGGGACGAAGAAGAAAGAGGCUACAGAGCGAGGACUACGACGAUUCCCUGGAACGAUCGUUUUCCGCCAAGCGAUCGAAACCAGAAAACGAUGAUUCGGGGAAAGGUGGUGCAUCGAAACAAGAUGUAGGAGCAAGCCCAGCAAAAUCCGGCGAAACGCAGAAUCACAACGAUAGCAACAGUAAAAAGAACGACAAGGACAGCAUCGAGCGUCUCAGAGAGAAAAAGCGCCUAAAAAAGCAACGGCAAAAGGAAAAGAAACUCGCAGCCCAAAAGGAACAAGAAAAACUAAAGAUUCUCCAGGAAAAACAGAACAAAGAACGCGAAAAACGAAAACAAAAGCAGAAAAAACUGAAAGAGCUCGAAAAGAAAGUGUCGUCGGAUACGAACACUUUCAUCAAAACCUCCAUGGGCGUUCGAUACAUGGAUGUUGUGGUCGGGACGGGGCCCCUCCUCGUGGAUCGGAAGAAGAUAGUUUGUCAAUACGUGCUAAGGGCUAAAAAUAAAUACGGCAAGGUCCUAGAUUCCGGCGAAAGAUUUGCCUUCAAGUUUGGCAAAGGAGAGGUCAUUCCAGGAUGGGAAAUUGGAUUGAAAGGAAUGAAGCAGGGCGGCAAAAGGCAUAUAAUCGUCCCGCCAAAUGCAGGAUACGGAUUUAAAGAUAUCGGCGGAGGAAAAGGAGCGAUGUUGUACUUCGAAGUGACGCUGGUGAAAUGUUAGGGGAGGAAUAAGUCGAUAUCAAGAACUAUCGAUCUUUUUCAACAACAUUUAUUCACAGAAAGAUCAAUGUAAUUUAAACUUAUUUUUUGCAUCAAGUUUAUAGCCUUUUAGAAAUAUGCGCAUUCCCUCAUUCUACGUUUACGAUACCUUACUCAUGCCAAAAUCGAUUUUCGCGGUCUUUAUGUUGGCAAGAUGGAAGAAUAACUCACUAUAGACAUUCGUUGUGUCCUCCUACAUGUUUCAUAAGUGAUGUGGUCGUUUUUCUUCCUCAGAGAACGAAAGAACGUGUGACUGAACUCUGCACUGAGAUCCAUACCAUCGUUCCAACAAAUAUUUGACUUGCAUAUAAAUUAAGGACAGAAAAAUUUCAACAAGGAUAAUCUAAUCGCAGUCCGCUCCAAAAUAGCUCAUCAAAAUAUGUAUCCAUUUCUAUCAUUUUAUGAAACAUUAAUUAUAUUUUUUUACAAAUAUACAGCUCGUUUCUUGGUUUUCAUCCAAGGCUCACAUACCAAAAACCCUGGCAAUCGUUUAGUUUCAAUCAAUUCGUGAGCUUUCGCAACCUUGUUCAGUGAAAUGCGAUCCAACACUUCUGGUUUGAUGACUUUCGUGUCCAAAAGCUUGAACAAGUGAUAUAGAUCCCGUUUGCACAGAUCGAUAUUUUUCUCCCACUCGUCGUAAACAUCAUACGUUGCAGAGUUUCCUAAAAUCUUCUGAAGCGCUUUGUUCUUUCCACAAGCUAAUGCAGGAGCAUUCUGUGCUUUUCUCCAAUCAUUAAUUGGAAUAUCAUUUCCAUUGAUACGACGUCCACUAAUAAUCAACCGUCCGAAUCUUGGUAUGAGAGCUCUGAAGUGGACAGGAGUUACAUCUUCACGAAGAUUACCGUUAGGCGCCAGAACAAGAUCUAUUGUCCCUGUAAUUCGAUGAAUGUAUUCCAUUGGAUCCGAGCUCAAGGGCAUGACCCCGUAGGAAAUGAGAGUUUUCCAGUGUUUCUUCUUGGAGGUAGCGUAAAUAUUUGCUACUCCUGCGUUGAGAGCGAGCUCAAUCAUAGCUUUUCCCAUAUUAUUUGUCAUACAUCCGAGAAUCAACACCGACUUCCCUUUCAGAGAGUGUUUACCAUAGCGGAGAUUUACGGGCUGACCCAUAUGAAGAACCUGAAAGGCCGCUAAAUAGGUUUCCGGUAGACAAGCUACGUGAGCUGGAUCCAGCCCUCUAGGCACCUUGACCAAUUGAUUGGGAUGUAUCGUCACGAAUCGCCUAUUUCCCCCCCAUCUCACCAACGAAACGACAGAUUGCAUAGGACUCAGCCCGUACUUCUUCCCAACACUUGGAUUGAUACUAUAAACCUUCCCUACCACA